AUGAAUAUCGUUGCCGGAAAGCUCUUCGACUCGUACACGGGUGACCUCGUCGAGAAUCAGCUCAUUACAGUCUCUUCAGACUUGGGCCUGAUCCUUAAGGUCGACAAAUACGAGGACAAGAAGGAGUGGUUUGAAGAAAGAGGUAUCGAUCUCAAGGAUGAUUCGACCAUCGACCUGCGUGGACAGACCGUCUUGCCGGGAUUCGUCGACACCCACGUCCACAUGUUCCUACACUCCUACUCGGAGACGAGUUGGACAGACCAGGUUACUCGCGAGAGUCUCGCUGAACGAACCAUCCGUGCCACGACUCAUGCCAGACGUACCCUGAUGGCGGGUUACACGUCCGUACGUGACCUGGGCACUGAAGGUGCUCAGGACGCGGAUCUAGCUCUUCGCAAGUGCCUCUCCGGACCUAACCCAAUCGCCGUCGGACCACGGUACUUUACCGCCAACCGUGCCAUUGUUGCCACAGGGAGCUAUGGUCCAAAGAACCCGUUGUAUCCGGACCGUGACGGCGUGGAGGGCGUUAUAGGAGCUGAAGUUGCGGAUGGUGAGGUCGAAUGUGCUAAAGCUGUCCGCAGGCAAAUCGGCGCUGGCGCAGACUGGAUCAAGAUCUAUGCAGACUAUCGCAUCCGCGCCAACAUGCUUGACGUCUCCCCAGCCGUUGCAGCUGCCUCCAUCGGGUCAUUCACGGAUUCAGAGAUCAGUACCAUGAUCACCGAAGCGCACCGCCUGGGGGUGAAGAUCGUCGCGCAUGCGCAGGACGCAGAAACGCUGCGGCGCCUGACCGCAGACGCCAACCUGCACGUUGACAGUAUCGAACAUGGAUUCGACAUGCUCGCGCUGCUGCAGGACGUGCAAGAGCAAGGGUGCCUCUUCCCGGUGCGCAGCACCAGCACCGCGGCGAUGACGCUCCCACUCUUCUGGAACCCGACGCUCGCGGUGUUCUACAGCUCGGCGGGGCAACACUCCGUGGCGUGGCAGCGCGCGGUGCAGAGCUUCCAGCUCUUCCUCCAGAAGCGGCCGCGUGACAUCCGGAUCGCGUGCGGCGGCGACACCGGCGCGUUCGCGCACGGGGACAAUGCGCUCGAGAUGAAGCUCAUGGUUCAGCUCGGGGCGGGCUGGCGCGAGACGCUUCAGUGGGCGACGCUCGCCGGCUGGAAGUGCGUCCGGAGCAUGCGCUGGGAGGGCCGCGAGGGCGCCGCGCGCCUAGCCAGGGUCGAACAGCUCCAAGAGGACGCGCGCAUCGUCGGCGACAACGAGGUACCGUUUGGUGCUGUCAGGAAGGGCUUCGCAGCGGACAUUAUCGCGACGACAGGAGAUUUCGAGAAGAACUUUACCAGUGCUGUAGAUAAGGGCAGCAUUAGCUUCGUCAUGAAGGGCGGAAAGGUCUUCAAGAGAGAUGGAAAAGAAGUAGCCUAG